AUGCCUAGAGUUCUAGCAUGUCAAUCGCAUGUGGUUCACGGGUAUGUGGGGAAUAAAGCGGCAACGUUUCCCUUACAAUGUGUCGGGUGGGACGUAGACUGUGUUAAUAGUGUUCAAUUUUCCAAUCAUACUGGAUAUGGGAUGGAUAAAGUAUUCGGGUCGAAGGCUGACGCACACCAGUUAACGCAGGUGUUCGAAGGUGUUAUGAGGUUAAAAGACGAUUACAAUGCAUUGCUUUCUGGGUAUAUGCCAAAUAGGAACACAUUGGCUUGUAUGGCUCGAUUUUAUAAAGAAAUUAAAAGGCACAACCCAAAUCUACUAUGGUUGUUGGACCCUGUCAUGGGUGAUGAAGGCCAAUUGUACGUGGAUGAGGAUGUAAUACCGGAAUAUCAAGAUAUUAUUCACUCCGGACUUGUAGAUAUCAUAACUCCUAACCAAUUCGAGAUGGAAUUGCUAUAUGGGAAGCCCAUCGUUAACAUUUCUGAUUUGUAUUCGGCCAUCCAAGAGAUUCACCAGUUUGUGCCCGUGAUUGUAAUAACGUCAUGCUCAGCUUCGCUUUUCGAUGAUCCAACUCACAUAUAUUCGGUGUCUUCGCUGCGAGGCUCGCCACAACCAUAUGUGUAUAGAGUAUCAGUCAUUGAGUCUUAUUUCACCGGAGUUGGAGAUAUGUUCAGUGCAAUGCUACUACAUCAGUUGUAUUACAUGUUCGAAUCUAAAAAUAUUAGCCUUUUCCACGAGAAAACCAAUGUUGUUCUCAACGUCAUUCAUAGGGUCUUAGAGAUCACCAAACGACUCUCUGCUAACGUAAAGGGUUCCAUAGGAGAUCCAGUUACGAUGAGAGAAAUGGAACUUAGAGUCAUAGAAAGCAUCGAUUGUUACGAAUGUAAUUCAAUAGAUAAGGACUUCUCUUUCAAGUACGACUGGACUUUGUGCAGUUAA